AAGAAUAGAUAGAUAGACAGAUAGAUAGAUGGAUAGAUGUCUCUGAAGGAGGAAUUAACAAAACUGAAAAAGUAGCUAGCACAAAAACUAGCAAGUGUUCUUAUUAGCAAGCUAGUUGUGGUUCUCAAAGAGGGGUCUCUGAAUGAAAGCCAGGAGAGCCAUGUUUGUUUAUUUAUUUAAAUCAGUUAGUUAGUUAGUUAGUUAGUUAGUUAGUUACACAGUCACAGUGUAUUUUAUUGUAUAUUACAGUUAUGAAGCUAACAGGCUAGUCACGGAGUGUCUUUUAAACUUCAAAAUUUAAACAUAAGUUAUAAUGUUAAUUUUAACCAAAUUAGAAAGACGUUGCAUCAAAUAUUUAGACAUAUAUUAAAUAUAUGCGUAUUUUAACUCAGACAACUUCAUUUUUGUAUAGUUAAAAAUCUCUAAUGGCUGCAAUACAUGAAAAUGGGGGUAAUGAGAGUACCUAAACUUAUUUGUUGAUAAUAAUGUUAUCUUAAAGUAUGUAAGGAAUAUAUUCAUUAAUUUAAUAAAAACUGUUUCAAGUUGUUAUUAUUUAAUAGUUUCUGGAAACAAAAGUCGCUGGUGCUGGAAGUUUUUUUUAUUAAACGUUUUCAUUUUAUUUGCUAGUGAAUCGCUAUAUAAAACGCAGGUGUCACAUCGAUAACAGUCCGGGUUGGGACGUGCAAACGGAACGGAGUUGUCCAGGAUCUGUGUUUCACGCCGGAGUGUGUUACAUUCUGCCUUGACAUUAUUGUUAUUGAUACACCCCCGAAUUGGAAAGUCUGAGCCUGUAGAACAGCACGAGCUCCAGAGGUGUAUGACACUGUGGUGGUGUUCACGUCUGUAACCUGGAACAGUCAUCAUGCUGGAUGACGAAGCUGUAGUUCAACAACAUAAAUUCAAAAACAGACGCAGAAACGGAGAUGAACUCAGGCUCCAUCCAUGACUCGGGGACCAUUUCGGUUAUAUUUCAGCUCGACUCUGUGACUUAUUCGAAGUAACAGAGGAAGCAACACAACUCCGUAGUGUAAUUUACAGCUUCCGUGAAGAGAGACAGAGCGCAAUCAUGUUGACGAAGAACAGAAAGAGGAAAGGAUUGUUGGGUAACACAGGAAUUCUCCCUCCCCAGCUCUCUCUCUCUCUCUCUCUCUCUCUCUCUCUCUCUCUCUCUCUCUCUCUCUCUCUGCUUGUCAGUCUCUCCUCCAUCAACCCUUUCUCUCUCUCUCGCACGCCCACUCAUCUCUCUCUCCUCCUCCUCUGUAUCUCGGCUCUUCACAGAGCCUCAACUUCAGAGCGGCGACAACAUCUGCGCGAGAGCACACGCAAGAGACAGAGAGAGAAAGAGCGAGAGCGAGUCUGAGAGGCUUUUCUGAGCAUCAGCAAGGAAAACAAGAUACACAGACAAACAGGGACAUAAGAAGCGAGACAGCGUGUCUGCACGUGUGUCUGUGUGUGUGUGUGUGUGUGUGUGUGUGUGUGUAUGUAUGUAUGUAUGUGAGUGUGUAGUUGUGUGUGAGAGUCCGAGGGCACGCUGCCUCCCCGAGGGGGUCGCGAGGGGCGAGGGCUGAGAGGAGGGUGGCUCAACGCUCUCUGCUCUCUCGCCCUGCGCUUCUGCUGCCCCCUCCGCCGCUCCUCGCCGCCCCCUGUGCCACUCAUCUGCCCCUCUCCACCUGCCACACAGACGUUCCUCUGCCCCCCGUCCUCACCGUGGUGCGUGUGCAGCAUGGAGCCGGAGCGUGACGUGGCCGAGCCAGAGCGGAGAGAGCGCGCCGAGCCUCUGAGUGGUGUGGAGCGCACCAUCGUUCAGGACACCUGGGCGCGAGUGUACGAGAGCUGCGAGGACGUGGGCGUGGCUGUGCUCGUCAGGUUCUUCGUGAACUUCCCAUCGGCUAAGCAGUACUUCAGUCAAUUUCGAGAGAUGGACGACCCAGAGGAGAUGGAGAGGAGCUCCCAGCUGAGGAAGCAUGCGUGCCGCGUCAUGAAUGCCAUCAACACGGUGGUGGAGAACCUCCACGAUCCGGAGAAGGUCUCAUCUGUGCUGGAGGUGGUGGGGAAAGCCCAUGCUGUCAAGCACAAAGUCGAACCUAUGUACUUUAAGAUUCUAAGCGGCGUGAUCCUCGAGGUUCUCUCUGAAGACUUGGGCAACUGUUUCACAGACGAGGUGCAGAUGGCCUGGACCAAACUGAUGGCACUGCUCUACUGGCACAUCACUGGAGCGUACCAAGAGGUGGGCUGGGUCAAACUCUCCAGCUCAGCCGUCUGAGAACCAGCCCGAAUACACACUACCACGCAUGGUGCACUGCCCUCCUGUUGAAUAUUCUGAAAAGGAGUGACAAGUCAUUGUCAUAAAAAAAGACUGGUUUUAUCCAAACAUACACUCACUACAUCAUCUUUUAUUCUGGUCCUUCUUUAUCGCACAGUGUCUUUAUUGCAGGGAUUUGGAGUAGAGAGAAUAGAAAUAAGGGAAUCUUCUGUAAACCUCUGUAAAAUCAUCCACCCC